UUUUCAAAAUGGGUACGUACACCUAGUUGAAGUAUCAAAAGAAGGAUUGCACAAUGCCCUUCUUAUAUAUUGAUCCUUAAGUCCUCUUUUCUUUUCUUCUUCAACUCAACUAUUUCCCAUUUCUCAUUUCAAAAACUUCUAUUUUUUCUUUCCUCCAAAAGUUUUCUUUGUACUUUGUUUAUAUCAUGGAGUUAGCUUUGAGCUUAGGAGGGGAUACCCCAAAACCAAUUAUGUUUCUUGAAAAGUCAUCAUCUUCUUCUUCUUCUUUACAUGAUCAGAAGCUUCUGAUGGAUAGUAGUAGCAAAGAUUUAGGGUUCUGCAUGGAUUAUAGAAAGUGUAGUACUGAAGCUGAAGCUGGAAGAAGAAAACGUUCAAGAAAUCAUGAAAUUAUAAGUAAAGGGUCACCAGAUCCAUCACUUCAACUUGAUCUCCUCCCUUAUUCUCCAGCUUCUAACAACAUUUCUUCACAACUUCGCUUCCCUUGGCUCUCUCAAAAUUCUUCUGAACCGGGUUUAACAAAUGGACCGGGGGCUAAGGCGUUGGACAUGAACCGGCGGCAGUUGGUGGCGGAGGAGGCUGAGGAAGGGGCGGCGCUGUCAUCUCCGAACAGUGAAAUAUCAAGUUUUCAAAUGAAUUUUCCAAUAUACAGAAAUGGAAAUUUAAAUGGGAAGAGAGAUCACUCUGAGAAUUAUAAUUCAUCUUCAAGAGCUAGUGAUGAAGAAGAUGCUUCAGCAAGGAAAAAACUUAGACUUACAAAAGAACAGUCUGCUUUUCUUGAAGAAAGUUUCAAAGAGCACAACACGCUCAACCCUAAACAGAAGCUCGCUCUAGCAAAGCAGUUAAGCCUUCGUCCAAGACAAGUGGAAGUGUGGUUCCAAAACAGAAGGGCAAGGACAAAAUUGAAGCAGACAGAGGUAGAUUGUGAGUAUUUAAAGAAAUGUUGUGAGACACUGACAGAAGAGAAUAAGAGGCUGCAGAAAGAGCUUCAAGAAUUAAGAGCUUUAAAAUCUUCUCAACCUUUUUACAUGCAACUUCCUGCUACCACUCUCACUAUGUGUCCUUCUUGUGAGCGCGUGGCCACCACCACCACCAGCUCCGCCGCUACCGCUACCACCACCGCGACACCCACUGCUGCCGCCUCGAGUACGGCGGCGCUUCAUAAUCAUAAGUUGAUUAGCUUAAUGACAAAAUGAGUGUACAUUUUAUUUACUAGGAUUUUGACUUAGGUGUUUUGCUUGUUAUUUUUCUUAUGAUUAAACUAAAGAUUUCUUUGUCUUUUUUUUUUUUUUUUUUCCUUAUUAUAAACUAUACUUUUUCGUGUUGAGUUUAGAAAUAGUUAGGCAACAAGUUUGGGAGGAAUUUAGAGGUUUCAAAAGAAAACGAUAUUUAUUGCUCGAAAUUGAUGUUUUAGAAGAAAGAUAUAAAUUAUUUUUCCUUAA